AAUUUAUUUUGAAAAGUGCAAGUGACGUUGAAUUUUAUUUUCGAAGAGUUAUUAAAAUUUUUGUUCUGUUUUUUUUCUUUGGUUCAUUGAAUUAAAUAAAAAUGUUGUUACUUGGUAAAAUCGAAAAUGUAUCUCUAAAUUUACUGUGGUUUAACUUCAAUUAUUAUCAGAAUUCCCAUCAAUGUAAAUUAAUUUCCAUUUAGAUUCUACGAUAAUUACGUCGAGUAACACGUCUUAUAAAAUUAUUGAAUCAAGUGAUAUAAUUGAUUCCAAUGGAUUACUAUUGUGAUUACAAUUCAACUUUUUUCUCCAAGUGUUCCGGAAAUAUUCGGGAGAUAAAAAAGAGACGAGCACGUGAAACUUUUUAAAGAUUGUUCGCAUAAGAAACAACAAAAAGGAAAUGAGAAAAAAAGCACAAAAUGAAUAAAAAUGAAGAUAACUGAGAGCUAUUGCGUGGAAUAAAUUUUAUAUAUGAAAAAAAUUACCUACAUAAUAAAGUCUUGUGGUUUAGAAAUAGUUAUUUUUUAAAAGAAAGAAGAAAAAGAAGUUUUUUAAAACUUUUUUACAUGGUGCAUACAAGAAUAAAGAUAAAUUUAACGGAUACUCAGUUAUGUUGAGAAUAGUGUGAUAUUGCCAUGAUGUAAAACGGUGUAAGAUGCCAUUACAGACACCAACAUAAAGUUUUAAAAUUCAAGUAUUCGCAAGAGCAUAAACAUAAAACAGACAAAAAUAUUCCAAAAAGAUAAUAAAAAAAAUCUUUUUUCCAGUGUUAAAUGAAAAUAAUACAGCAAUAACAAUCGAGAAAUUCAAAGAACCAAAAAAAAGGGAAACACUAAUGAAAAAAAAACCCCCAAAAAGGAAAUAAUUACAAUCUUUUGAUUGUACGAGAUUUGACAUUUUUUUUCUCUUUCGCAAUGGUUUAAUUACACACAUUGUAUGUGUGUGUGUGGCGAAAAAAAAGUGUGAGACUUUUAGAAAAAAAGUAAAAAAAAAAGGUGUCGUGGAAAUAAACUGUCGUCGAUUAAAUCGUAUGAGGCAACAUCUAUCGAUAGCGCAAGAGCGUGAUGAGGCACACAAGGGUUCGUUCACAUCGACCCCCGGGGAUGUAACCUUUGCCAAGAAGGAAAAAAAUAGAGGAGAAAAAAAGAAGAAAAAGAAAAGAGAGAGAGAAAGAAGAGGAAACUCUCAUCGAAGAAUCGAGCCACAAACUGAAGAUGAUAUUGAGGAACCAAGACUGAUUGAAAGUGAGAAAUGGCGGCGUGUGAGGCUGCUAGUGCAAUGAGCGUGGUACGCUGGGGAUUGUGGUUAGCUGUCGUUUUUUUUGCGGUCACACCUUUCGUUUAUUCACAGCUAACAUGGACUCCAAUUUACGUUGGAUACAGUCAAGUUGACUUGUGGACCAAGAGCAGCAAUGGCUGUGAGUGCAGUUUUAAUUCGUCCAGCAAGGAUUGUGCUUGCUGCGUUCCAUCCGGCGGUUGUAGUUGCGGUGCAGCUUCACCAAACAGAUGUGCUCAGUGUGGCUUAGAGCAACAUUGUGCCAACAUGUGCAAUAUAACUUUGGACAGCAGACAAUUGUUCAGCAAAUCAGAUCGUGGCUUUGGACAAAUAAAAUCACCUUCACUACAAGGACCCACAAGAUGCACCUAUAAAUUCAUACCAGAUACUGGCCAACGAGUUGAACUUCAAAUCUACCGAGUGGUAUCGAUUGGAAAACACAAUGGAACAGCGUGCGAGGGUGGUUGGCUUCAACUUCAGGGUGGAGCUCGAGUUUGCGGUCGCAAUGAGCGAUUCGACCCACCAAUUGUUCUAUUUUCUGACAAGCCUGCAGCAAUUUUACAUAUGCAAAUUAACGAAAACACAUCGAGAUCACAGUUUUUGGCAUACUUUAGUUUUGCCUCUAAUGCCAGUACAUCCGUAGGAUAUCCAGUGCGAGGGGGCACACCCGUAAAUAAUACAGAAUGUGACUGGGUUUACGAGGAUAUGGAAUGUCCGAGAGAUUGCAUUUUGGCGAGCCCUGGAUAUCCUGGUUUAUAUGCACCUAAUAUGCGUUGCCGAUACCUCAUCACUUCUAGUCGACAGGUUUCCAUCGCCAUUAACUUUACUGCAGUCUUAAUGCCGCAUAACCAUUGUACAAAUGAUUAUAUCGCUGUCUACGCUGGAUCAGCGACCACUAGUCCUCUCUUAAAAAUGCUUUGUGGAAAUGAAAAAGCUUACGUCACACAUGUCGGACAUGACCUUCUCGUUGAAUUUCGAUCUGGAUAUGAAGUACCACCAUAUAACUACAAUGGUUUCAUUGCGAGUUUAAAUUUUCUCGAAUUAACCACUGAAGCUCCAACAACAAUAGCAGCGGAAAGUACAAGUAGAACACCAAUGCCGUUCGCAAUUGAAAUGAUUCGCUCGCCAAGCAUCAGCAGUAAUCAUGAAAUGCGAUACACAAAUCGUGAUUUACAAGAUCAUCGAAAAGAUCAAGAAUCAUCGAGUAGCUGUGAAUUAGAAGUAAGUGGCGAUAAAGUCAGAGAUGGCCAUCAUGACACUCGCGGAAAAUUAAAAUCUACAACUUGUCGCCUUAUUCUCCGAGGACGUGUUUACGACACUGUUCAUGUUUCCCUAGUCAGCUACAAUCUCAGGUAA